CAGUGUGUCCUCAGAAUGGUGGUGGGACGCUUUUACCUUUCCUGCCUGGCGCUGGGGUCCCUGGGCUUGCUCUGUAUCCUCUUCACCAGCUACUGGAUGUGGUACUGGCGCAACGGCUUUGCCUGGGACGGAAGCCAACUCAUGUUCAACUGGCACCCUGUGCUCAUGGUGGCUGGCAUGGUGGUGGUCUACGGAGCUGCCUCGCUAGUGUACCGCCUGCCCCAGUCCUGGGUAGGGCCCAAGCUGCCCUGGAAGAUCCUCCAUGCAGCUCUGCAUCUGAUGGCCUUCGUCCUGACCGUGCUGGGGCUGGUAGCCGUCUUUGCCUUUCAUAACAGUCAUCGGAUCAGCAACCUCUACUCCCUGCACAGCUGGGUGGGGAUCACCACCGUCUUCUUGUUUGCCUGCCAGUGGUUCCUGGGCUUUGCCGUCUUCCUCCUGCCCUGGGCCUCCGUGUGGCUGCGCAGUCUCCUUAAGCCCACGCAUAUCUUCUUUGGGACCUCCAUCUUUUCGCUGGCCAUUGUGUCUGUCAUUUCCGGCAUUAAUGAGAAGCUUUUCUUCAGUCUGAAAAAUGCCACCCACCCUUACUCCAGUCUGCCCAGUGAGGCUGUCUUCGCCAACAGCACCGGGAUGCUAGUGGUGGUCUUUGGGCUGCUGGUCCUUUAUAUCCUGGCUUCAUCUUGGAAGCGCCCAGAGCCGGGGCUCCUGAAUGACAGACAGCCUCUGCUGCAUGGUGGCCAGGGAAGCGGGCCAGGGCUCCGAAGCAGUUGA